CGCGUUCGGCGCUGUCCGCCAUUGUGCCGUCCACACAGUUCGUCGCCUGAAUCACCGCGCCGUGCGUCCCUGGCAAUAUCGCCGUAUUAUCGCGUUUAAACUGUCCCGAAAAGCCGACAAAAUAAGUAAAAUAUCUGUAAUAAUGGCCGACAGAUCGAGCAAUGGUGAAUAUAAGUAUCAGCGGGAGGACAGCAGCGAGAGCAAGCCGAGGAUACCGCUCGAGAAGGAGCGCGAGGAGAAGGACCAUCAGGCCGACAAGGCCGGGGAAUACGUCAGGGAGCUGCUGCAGGAGAAGUUGGAGCUCGAUGGAUCCAAGUGGCCCAACGCCCAUCGACUCAUCGAUCAAGAAAUUCAAAAGACACAAGCUAUUGGGAAACCGUUGAGAGACCCGAAGUACGUUGACAUUUAUCGAGAAAAACCGAUAAGGGUAGCGGUCAAGGUCCUGGUGCCUGUUCGUGAGCAUCCAAAGCAGUUCAACUUUGUCGGGAAAUUGCUGGGCCCCAAAGGAAACUCGAUGAAACGUCUACAGGAAGAAACAAUGUGCAAGAUGGCAGUUUUGGGACGCGGCUCAAUGAAGGACAGACAAAAGGAGGAGGAAUGUCGCCAAUCGCUGGACCCGAAAUACGCCCAUCUCUCGGACGAUCUUCACGUUGAAAUUGCGGCUCUCGCACCCCCGGCGGAAGCUCACGCUCGGAUCGCCUUCGCCCUGGCCGAAGUCCGGAAGUAUCUUAUCCCGGACAACAACGACAACAUCCGACAGGAACAGAUGCGCGAAAUGGAGUUAACCAUGGCCGACGAUCCGUCUGCCGGCGAAGAGAGGCGGCCUUCGGCGAGGGGUGGUGGAAUCCUGAGACCCAGCAGCCGGCCGACGGUCCCAAGGUCAUCCAGGGCAGCCAUUCUGCCGCCGCCGUCGAGCCGGGGGCCGAUAACGCGUCCAGUGCCGGCGAAGACCAAGGUCUUCUCGAUACUGGAUCGUGCCAGAGUUGCGAUGGACCAGAGUUACGGAACCUCUUCCCGUAGGUACGAGGCGCCCACUCCACCGCCUAGCAGCCGGGUCGCGUCUCAUCACGAUUACGACUAUCAUCCGUCUUCUUCAUCGAGCAGCCGUUACGCCGAUCGCCAUUACACCUCGUCCUCCGCGGAUGAUCUGUAUCCUUCAUCGAGAUAUACAACGUAUGAAUACGAGGAUGACGCUGUGCCUCAUUCAUCGCAUGAUUAUUACGAAUCAUCGGAGUAUCCAGAGGAGUCAUCGAGCCGCGCGUGGAAAUCGUACAAGACCACCACCACAUCGAGCUCAAGCUCGCGCUACCGCACUGCUCCGUAUUCCCGUCCGUCCAAGUAAAAGUCUUGAUAAUAAUUAUUAUUUCCCCCUCCUUUAUACGAUCAUCACACGCAUACCUGCCUUCCUCCUCCCCACCUUUCCUUAACCGUUACACUGCAAGUGUAUAAAGAUUAUCAACCUUAGCUUUAUCAUUCUUACGAUUGAAAGUAAAAAACGUAAAAGAAACUGGGUUUAAAGAACAUAUGAAUGAAACAGCUACGAUUAAGAAGGUCAAAAUGGCAUAAGAAAUAAAAAUGAUAAUUCAAAUAACGAACAAGAGCGUUAGGACAAAGACGGGCGUAUUUUAAAAAUACACGAAAAAAAGAAAUAUAAAACCUACGACAUCAGUACGUUUGUAUUUAAUUAAAACUUUUGAUUCGUCGAAAGUAUACGUCUAACAAUACAAGCAAGAAAUAUUUAAUAAUAAAUAUUGACGCACGGAGUAUUGACAACUACUCUCCCAAAAUAUCUCGUGAAGUAUUGUUCUGAAAUAAUUCUGUCUCGAUUUGUUUUCUGUUGCGUUUUUUUUUCCGCAAUAUACCUUCAGUCCAAAAAUAGAAUACGUCAGCAAGAGUUUGUUACUCUAUAAAUAUAUAUAUAUAUAUAUAAAAAAAAGAUAUAAUGAACAGAAAAAAAUCAGGCGUAAACCGGUAACUCGAUUCGUGAUCAUCUCCAUAAUGUAUUGUUUUCCUUAAUUAUUUUCAUAUGGACGCUAAAAAGUUAAAAGUAAAGGGAGAAGGGGGGGGGGGGGUGUAUUUAAUUUCUCUGAAAGUAUGUCACCCAAUCCUAUAAUCCUCUCCCGAAAUAAGACGACGUGGCUGCGGAAGCUAACUAAUGACGAUGGGUUAAGGAUGAAGAGGAUCCAAUACAUGUGGGGCGUAAAAUAAGUAAACACUUAGAUAAGAAAGUUAAGGUCCUUUAUUUGUAAUGAUGAUGAUAAUAAUAAUCGUAAUCUUUGUAAGGGUAAGAUGAUAAUUAUUGGUCAAUAUUAUAAUACCAUUUCAACAAAUAAAAAAAUUUGGUCAUUUUUUUAAUCGAAAGUGAGCACAUAACUUGAUAUACUAAACUGACAAUUGGCUGAAAUAAAGAAGGAAAACAAAAGUAAUUAAAAAUUAUCGAACGGUACCCAAGUCAGUCAACAAUUGUGUAAACAGUAAUUAAUAAUGAAAUGAGCAUAGAUAUAUAUACAAAUAAAUAUGCAAUUGAAAAUAAAAAUAUAUUCAACGCUAAUAAGGCUCUUUAGAAUUAAAUCGAACAAUUAUUAUAUUCGAUUGUGGGAAUAGAAGCUACAGUCAGUAAUUAAUGUCCGUAAUACAUAUAUGUAUAAGUAUAUAGAUACUUUAAAUAUCUUAAAAAAAAAAAAAAAUAUGUUUAAAAAGAAAAAUCUGUGUGUUUAACUAUCGAUGACAUCUAAUAGUUGCAUUAGUGAAACAAGAUGAAAAACAAGAAAACAAUGGAACUAUCAUGAACAAGAUUUGUACACGUAAAUAACAUUUUAUCAAACACCUUACAUAGGAAAAAUUAAAUAUUCAAAUUAAAAAAGAAACAAAAAAAAAAAAAUUGAAAUAUGAAAAACGAAAAAAGCACACACCCAAA